UUGGCUUCCUUCUUUGUCAUUGAACGGUUUCAGAAUAAACAGUCAUUGACGUCCAUCCAACUCAAGAGAACAGGAAAAGCGUACACAUCUAGAGCAACACGAUUAAAGAGAUCAUCAAUGCCUAUGUUGGUGCCCCGAAAUUCUAUCCUGUUGUGGAAAGAUCCUGUCGAUCCACGCACUAAUGAGAGGUCGAAUUUGCUAUCACUGUUAUUCAAUUACCAGUACAACGACAAGACUUUCUUAAUCACAUUAAGACGGCCAAUAGAAUUUAAAAUCCAUAAAAUUACGACACCCCAAAAGAGCAAGAAGACUGCGGUUCCUGAUUCGAUUCCAUCUACAGAAACAUCUGAAGCAGCGGUUUCGGUAGAAGCAUCCAGCUCUUCAAACAAAGCAGAUUCACUUACUCUCGAGGAAGUUAUGGAUUCUGAGAAACAUUUAGUGGUGGGUGGUACCCCAUACUCUAUUAUUCGUGAGCCGGUCGAUAUAGCGUCAAUAUCCUGCUCAGUAAAGCCAUUGGCAGGAUGUCCUAUCUAUCCAGCUAUUGAUUUCAGACAAGGAACGCCAACGGCGAAGCCGACACUGCAUUGGUAUAUCUACACUCCUCCUGCAAGUGCAGACCUCUCAUCUAACAGCAAUAUCAAGGAUGCAGUUGGUUCUGAAACAAUAUCAUUGAUUGAAGGCUCGUCUCGCAGAUUUUCUGUAACGAAUUGUGAAUAUCGCUGGACAGGUGACUGUUAUGUUCCGUCGGCUGCCGAUUCGGGAAGCUGUUAUUACUCGUUGCUGAUCUGGGUCCGGAAUCCAUUAUGUGGUGUCUCCAAAUAUCCUAUCGAAGUAGUAGACGAGCCGCUAAUUUUUGAGGAGAACAUCAAAUGGUGCCAAGAGCGGAAACCUAGCGCCAAUGUAUCGUAUAACAUUCUUGCUGACCUAUAUUUGGAUUUAUCUGGUCCAGAAGAAUCGCUGUUUUUCCCAUAUUGUCCUAAGGCCUAUCAGAUGCACGAGUAUAGAUAUCCACUGUUACUCAAGGAGUUACAAAUGAGAUGGGACAUUGGGGGUGAGUUAUAG